AUGGUUUCCCAAUCCAAUGACUAUGCAGAUCAGGAAAAAGGCCCCGAGGUCACACUGGCCGCUAACGAGCAAUUGAGCCAUGCGCAACGACCCAAAUGCUUCAACUCAACCCUCCAGGAAUGUCUCUUCGUUCUGACAGCCACCAUGGCCAUCGGCCAGCAGUCUUUUUUCCAAGGCUGCAUUGUUGGCGUGACUGCAUCAAUCGGAUCUGAUCUGAAUAUGAAUUCUGCUGAAAUCACCUGGAUCAAUGCCGGCGCCUCUCUCAGCAGCGGUGCCUUCCUACUGACAUUUGGCAAACUAGCCGAUAUGUUCGGCCGGAAAGUGCUUUUCAUCAUUGGCAUGGGUGGUUUCACCAUCUCCCUACUAAUCGCCGGCUUCGCCACAAAUGCUAUCUACAUGGACGUUUUCUCCGGUAUCUUGGGUCUAUUCGCAGCCGCCGUGGUUCCCCCGGCAGUUGGUACCCUAGGAGCCGUGUACGAGAAGCCAUCGAAGCGCAAGAAUCGCGCGUUCGCUUGCUUCAGUGCCGGAAAUCCGCUUGGUUUUGUAGGUGGCAUGAUUAUUUCAGGCGUUGCGUCAAAUGAGUAUAACUGGCGUGCCUCCUUUUGGGCUCUUGCUGUUGUUUAUGCCAUCUUUACAGCGUUGACUGUGUGGACGGUUCCUCCUGAUGGAUUUGCGAGGACGCCAAUUAGCGUUGAGGCAUUCAAGAAGUUUGAUCUUCUCGGUACGGCCUUGGUGAUUGUUGGGUUCGCGUUCUUCUCUAGCUCUCUUUCACUUGCUGGAGAUGCACCAGAUGGCUGGAAAACAGGGUAUGUUCUUGCCCUUUUCAUCGUGGGUUUCUUCCUGCUUGUCGCCUUUCUGUGGUGGCAGUCGAUCACAGCAACCCCCCUGAUGCCACUAUGGGUCUGGAAAGAUCGCAACUUCGCCCUGCUCAUGGCAAUCUUUUGCCUUGGCUUCAUGGGCUUUUCUGCUGUCACUUUUUACCUGUCCCUCUAUCUGCAAAAUGUUAAACAUCUCACCGCACUGGAGAUCACUGCACGAUUAAUGCCUAUGGUUGUCAGCGGUGUCACGGUGAAUGUCGUAUGUGGCCUGAUCUUACACCGUGUUAGCAACAGCUUGUUGACAGGGAUCGGUGCACUGGCAUAUACCGCCUCGUUCCUGAUCUUGAGCUUCAUGAAGGAAGAUGCCAUCUACUGGGAAUACAUAUUCCCCGCUCUGAUACUUGUGGUCGUUGGUGCAGACAUUCAGUUCAACGUUACAAAUAUGUACGUCAUGUCGUCACUCCCAUCUGACCAGCAAUCAAUUGCCGGUGGAAUUUUCAACACAGUCAGCAAACUAUGCAACAACCUAGGCCUUGGCAUCGCUACCUCCGUCGAAAGCGCGAUGGCUAAUCAGAUGACUGCUUCUACGCCUGCUAUCAGACCCUAUCUGACUGCCUAUUGGUUUGCUGCGGCAGCGGCUGGUGCUUCCCUUUUCAUGGUGCCUUUCUUGACGUUGGGAACUCAGGGAGGUGAUGCACCCACUGAGAUGGGGGAUGAGAGUGUGAAUGAGCUAGCAGAGCAAAAAGCUAUUACCGAUGUUAGCUCUGCGCCUGUGGCUCCUGGAACGGAGAUUCUCUCAGAGGCUCCAGCCUUGGAGGUUGGAGUAAAGCAUAAUUGA